AUGAGCUGUGACGAGAUGAGCCGCCGCCGCCCACGCUCGCCGCCGCCGGUGCCGCCGCUGGACGAUGACAACCUUCUCUCCGAGAUCCUCCUCCGCCUCCCACCAGAUCCGUCCUCCCUCCCUCGCGCCUCCCUCGUCUCCAAGCGCUGGCUCGGUCUUGUCUCCGACCCCGGCUUCUCCCGCCGCUUCCGGCUCCACCACCGCGGCAACCCUCCUCUCCUCGGUUUCUUCGACCCCUUGCACUUCGUACCUACAAUGGAUCCCCCCAAUCGUGUCCCGGAUGGCCGCUUCUCCUUGUGCCCAGACGGCAAAGAUUGGGGCGGCAUCUUCAUGCCCUUGGGAUCCCGCCAUGGCCUCCUACUCGUCUUCCACCUUUCGCGGAAGCUGCUCCUGGUGUCGGACCCCUUCAACGUCGACCAGCACCGCCUUGCCGUUCCCCCGGAGUUCGAUAUGGAGUCGGCCCGGUUCAGCGGGGCGGUGUUUCGCGCCACCGGAGACAUCCUACACUUCCAGGUGGUGUUGGUAACCACAGAGACAGACGAGCAGCAGCAUACAAGGGUCAUCGCCCGUGUUUACUCGUCGGAGACUGGAGGAUGGGGCGAUCGCAUCUCAACACCACUACCAUCCAAACUUCCCACCAAGAGUCGUAUGGACUUUACUAUGGGUGUGCUAGUUGGUCAUUCCCUUUACUGGUUGUUCAAUGAUAGAUCAGCAACAGCUGAAAUUUUGGAUGGCAUCCUUGAGUUUGAUUUGGAGAGGCAGAUCCUAGCUGUGAAACCGGUGCCAGUGGAUAUUCUCAAGAAAAACAUCUACCAAUUCCAGGUUAUGCGGGCAGAUGGUGGUGGCCUUGGCAUUCUCUUUUUGUCAAAUUUCAGUGCCCAGUUAUGGAAGAUGGAGACUGAUUCUGAUGGCGUUGCUUCAUGGGUUCUGGGAAAAACUGUUGAACUGGACAAGUUACUUUCCCUGAAUACAGAAGAUGGGGAGUCCCUGAUUCUACAAGGGUUUGCUGAAUACAAUAAUGUGGUGUUCCUACGGACACACACCAACCUCUUCACAAUCCAGCUUGAGUCACUGCAGUUCAAGAAAGUUUUUAAACCCAACUUCAUGACUCACUAUCAUCCGUUCGAAAGUGUCUAUGCUGCAGGCACGGGCAUUGGUGGUGGACAUGAUGGAGCUGAACUUUUGCGCAAUACAUAAGAUGAUUGGUCAGAUGGAUAUGCUAUUGUGAUGUAUUAACGAGUAUUAUCAAGUGGUGCACUGCAGACAUGGCUUGAUUUUGUGGGUUCGUCCGUUCUAUGUGGUUGAGAUGCAGAAAUGGUUUGUUGGGGGUGUCCUUUUGAAGUGCUCCAGUUGGAAAUUGACCUUAUUCAUACUGCGUAGCGCACACCGGUUAACUGUGCAGUGGGCUUGUAGGAAUUUAACUGUGUAAUUUGCUAACCCACAUAUGUUAUGUUAUGUUGAACUUUUAUCUGGUGCUGAUUAAUGAAUAUUGAACUGCAA